UGCAAGCCCAACACUAUGGAGAGGCCACCAGAACUAGAGGCUGGUCUGCAGAUUCUGCCCCAACAUGAGAUUCUUGAGGAAAAUAAGGCAACCCAAGAAGAAGCAGGCAAGUUUCCACAAGACGAAUUGGUCACCAAGUCAACAGGCCCAUCAUUGGAAUAUGAAGACAUAAGUGGAGGUGAGACUGAUGGUCAUGCAUUGUUAAAUGGUUCAGUUUGCAGGGACAAAGAUGUGUUGGAAAAUCCAAGUCCAUCAGAAUGCUUCAAAUUUUCACUCUGCGAUGAUGAGCCUUUGCCAAAGAAUUCGCAUCAAUUGAAGGAAUUCUCUGAAGGUUCGAUAUCGGAUGAUGACAACCUCAUUGAGAUUGAGAUUCCCCACGGGAAUUAUGUAGUUACAGAGGAGUCAAAUUCACAGUUAAAGCCAGAGCUGAGAGGAGGUUUCCUACUGGACUUCUUACCAGAAACAGUGUGCAGGCAACAUGGGCUAAUGGAGCUAUUAUCAGAGAUUAAUGAGGAAGACAAUUUAAUUGAGAUCGACAUCGCUAGGGGCUCCAUCAAAUGUUCAAGGGUAGGAAUUAAGGCAUGAACUAGGGAUUGAUGCACCGAGGAGCACAAGACAUUUCCAAGAAACUAUCCACAAUUUCUUUUUGGAAGGGGACAGGCAGGGUGGCAAGGGGAGUGCUAAUGGUUGCAUCUACUAUAUCCUAAGGUCGUUUUGUUAUCUCCAACAUUCAUGCUCCAUCUAUUAUCCGUAUUCUGUUAUGGUAAAAAAGAUAAGUGAUGCACAUCAAAAAAAAAAAUCAAAAACUUGGGUAGCAACACUCCUAUGCCAGCCAAGAGCUCAAGCUAGCACAAAAUUCUCAACAAAAGUUGGACAGUGGUUUGGGGUUUUCCCUUUGAUGUUUAUUGUGAUCUUUCAUCCUACUGUAAAGAAUGGUACCCACCGUUAUGAUCAAGAGUAAUGACAAAUUACUGAAUCUAUAUGCCUUGGUUCAUGAGUUA